AUAUACAAUAUCAGGAACAUAGUUAGUACGAGUCGAGACAAAUUUCAAUAUUGGUUUAUAUAUUUAAAAGUUAAAUUAAAAUUAACGCAGCAAUUAAAAAAGCGAGGUCAAACCAAUUUUUUAAGAGUAAUUUUUACAAUGUGUUUUAACAAUAUUCUUCAUUAAAAAAAGUUUUCAAAUUGAAUGUUGUUAAUAAUAUGAAUGAAUAAUUCUUUCCAGUCCUUAAAUCUGCAAUUUUUUUGUAGACUUUAUAGUGCAACCAUAUGCAGAAGUGCAACUAACUUCUGUUGUCUAUUUAUUUGGCGCUUUAAUUUGACAUUUAUAAUAGAAGAGCAGUAAAGGAAUUUUGUUCAACCACCAUAUUUUAAAAAUAGUAUAAUUUUAAAGCAGCACAACGGCGUCUUUUACGCGCGUUCAAAUAAAUUUGUUUAAACUGUAUUAAUUACAAAUCAAUAAAAUGUCUCAUGUCUCCACGAAAAAGAUCUUCAUUCAAAUUGAAUCCGCAGCGGAACAACAGGAGAAUUUAAAGAAUCAACGCAAGACCUUUAAGGUGCUCCAGCCAGGUGGCAUCGCCAUUGACAAAGAAAACUUGGCUGGGCGCCCACAAAUUGACAAACUGAGCCGCCUCAAAGCCUCUACUGAGGCCUCUUUGGCUUCCACAGAUUUUCCAAAACGCAAGAAGGUUGAGACGCGUGCUUCUGAAACUCAAACUAGCCCACAAAAAAAUGCCAGCGUUGGAGAAAAAAAAACAAUAACAGCUGAGGAUCUUACUAGCGAAGAGAAGCCCGGUGAACUCUAUUGGGAACAUUUAGCAGAGAAACGGCGUGAAGCUUUAGAGGAGACGCUCAAAGAAAAUCAACAUUUGCAUGAACGCAUUGAGGGAUUAGAGGCAGAAUUGGAUACAUCUCGUCAAAUGUUGGAGGAGGCGCGUAAUUUGGUCGAAGUAUUGACGGAGAUGUUAAAUGAAAAUGAGGCUGAGCGUGAAAUUGAAAGUGACGGUGGUGUCAUAGGCGGUGAAGAACAUAGAGGAAAUGCUGGCAAUAUACUGGACGAUGAUGACAACAGCAAUGCGUCCAAAUCGAGUGCCGAAGCACCAUUACCCAGAGUAGAGCAUACGAGGUUGGAGCAGCCUCGCACACCUUAAGUACAAUCUGCAGGAGAAGGCUGAAUGUUUAGCUUUACUUUAUUAGCUCAAUUGGAGUCGUCUCGCUCAACAUACUAAUUUACAAGUUUAUUACUAUAUUACUAUAUAUUACCUUAAAUACGUUAGUUUAUUUAAACAUUUUUGUAUUAAUAAUUUUACCCGACAAGUACGCACCAAAGCAAAAAGACGGAAUUCUGUUGCCCAGUAUCGGUGCUCCAGUGCAGUACAAAAUAGUUAAUAAUCCUCAAAUUUAUUACAACUUUUUUUAUUUGUAAUUAAAACCCAAACGUUCAACUGUUUAA